AUGACAGGACUGUCAAUGGGAGUUGGUCCUACACCUUCAAUAAAGGGCGGGGCUGGGCCCACAUUGGUUUCACGGGUGUUAGCCGAAUGCCUGGAGAAGGAAAAAAACCGGAAACCCGUGCUCAGUACAAACGAGGAAGUGAGGAUUGUAAGAUUGGCUGAGGUCACUAUCAUGAGGGAGCUGAGCAAGCGGGAAGACCUAUCAAUUUCCGACUUGUCAAUUUCAGAUUUCGAGAGUUGUUCCUGGCGACAAUUAAAACUGGCGUUGUUAAUACGAGAGUGGCAAGGAGGCAGUUUCAUUGCAGAGUUAGAAAACUUGGUACCUAGACCGGUCGGUUUAUCUGAUACCUGGUUUCUGGCCGGCGUCGUGCAGAGAUUCCUUCCGUCUGGGUUUUUAGCUCGCUGGACGCCCUACUGGCUGCGUGGCGGGUGGGAUUGCCGGAGGAUGAUUUUUCGGAUCUCCUUCCCACACGGAGUUGUUCGUUUGCCGGAGAGUGAGGAAUGUAUAAACCGAAUUUGUGCUUACUCAAAGUUAGAAUGGUGGUUCCGUCAGGCUUACACCAAUGCUCACAUUGAUGAGGAAACAUGGAUGGCCUCGGGGCAGCCACCAACGUUCUUAAUGAGUGUUAAGCAUUCUAUGGGCAAGAAGGCAUUUGAUGACGCCAUACAGGAAAUGAGGCAUCACGUCCCCCCUCCGGCUCACCUGUCAAAUCUGCAAUACCUUGCGUGCUUACGUAAAUACGCCGAAUCAACUCCUCUAAAAAUGACCAAGAGUUUUCGGACCCGUAAUCGCAAUGAUACUCUGCCCUCCUCUUCCUGUGAUCCUCAGCCCUCCUCGUCCAGUUCCGUCCCAGCUGACUCCAUUACGCCAGAAGCCGUUCCGUCCAGAUCCCUACCAAUUUCAUCACCUACUUCCAGGGAAUCGGCUGGUACCAAUCAAUUGGUUGAUACGAAUGAAUCGGUUGGCACCAAUCAAUUGGUUGAUACGAAUGAAUCGGUUGGCACCAAUCAAUUGGUUGAUACGAAUGAAUCGGUUGGCACCAAUCAAUUGGUUGAUCCGGAGAUGACCGCAUUUAUGGUCCGCGUGCUUGAUGACUGCGCGGAGAAGGAGAGAAGCGAGAAAGAAGUUGUGACGGCAGAGAUGAGGGAGAGAGGUAAGGGGAUAAUUUUGAUGACGCAUGAGGCGAAGCGGGACCUUGCUCAAUUUGCUCUCACCAGCUUUCAGGGAAUGCUAUCCACAAACAAGUCGGAUGUGUCCAAUCGUCGGACUGGGAGAGGGAAGCCUUUCAGUACGGCUGGGUGGAGGUGGCUGUCUCUGGUGGGACUGAUGAAUGACCACUUGGAGGCGGAGUUGCUUAACCAAGUUAUUGCCGAAAGUGAAAAGAUUGUCCCUCGGCCGAAACAUGUGUCACCAUUAUGGUACUUGGCCUGUCGGAUGCAGACCUGUCUGAAGGGAAGGCAGGUUGCUCCGAGGUUCAGCAGUUGGCUGAAAGAACCCCCGGCAUGGUGGGUAUUCAGCAGCGCAAUUUACCGGGAUCACUUCCCCGAUGAGUUUGGCGAGCUGCCUGUGUCUGUGGCAUCUGCACGCUUAAUUGCCUUCAGCUCCAGAGCUGCACAUUGGAUUGCUUGCGGACUCCGCCGAUUCUCGCGUCGCUCUGAGCCACGCCGGCGACGUACCUCCAAUGACGACAUUGUUGACAUCUUUCACACCGUAUUGGGGGACCGAUGGUUCGGCGAGAUGAUCAACUUGGUCAAGCCCAAAAUCUCUGCAAUAGCCCACGGCCCACACCAAGGCCCACAACAAAUGUGCGAGCUACCAGACAAAUCCAUCAUGGAAGCCGUUCUCAGACACGCCGAACUGGAUCGAAGAAUGACCUGCGGAUUCUGCAGAGCUUGGCAAUUUGACGUAGCUCUAAAAAGGUAUGGUAACAUCGCGGAUCCGAACUCGUCCACAAACGAUGAAGAGCCGACGAAAAGAGUACGUAGCGGAUGA